GUCUAUACAUACAACCCCACCAUCAACUCCUAAGCAUUCGCAUUCCUUGAUUCAUAGACUGGUUCAUAGAUUUGCGGGUAGACUUGUGUAUUUCUUGCGAUUGGCCACUUUGGAAGAACCGAGAAUCCUGUCUAUAAGCCUUUUCAAUUCCCUGGUAAGUCCUAGUGUCGAGAGAAGAUCGCAUCCCCUCCUCCAUUCCCUAUCCAUUCACCCUUCCUUGGGAAAACACCCAGCAGAUACUGACGAUUGUUUGCAGAUUCGUAUAUAGAAAGUUAACCAAGAUGUCUCCUCAUACCCUCCCCGCCAUGAAGACCAAACCCAAGUUCAUCUUCUUCACCGAUUUUGAUGGCACCAUCACUCUCCGCGACUCCAACGACUACUUGACAGAUAACUUGGGCUAUGGCCAAGUCCUCCGUAAGAAAGGAAAUGCAGAUGUUCUCUACGGCCGCAUGUCAUUCCGCGACUCCUUCCAAGGAAUGAUGGAUAGCGUCAAGACACCAUACGACGAAUGCAUUGAGACACUGUUGGCGAACAUCAAGCUGGAUCCCGGGUUCAAGGAGUUUUACACUUGGUGUCGGGCAAACAAUGUACCAGUCGUGGUGUUGAGCAGUGGAAUGGAGCCAAUCAUCCGAGCAUUGCUAGUCCAUCUCAUUGGCGAGGAAGCGUUGGAUAUUCAGAUAGUGAGCAAUCAAGUUGCUCCAAGAGACGGGAAGAGCAUCAAUGAAGAAGGUGGAUGGCAGAUUGUGUUCCACGAUCCUAGGUAAACAGUCCGGACAUUUCUCAGGCUAUGAGAAAAUACUCUAACACCGAAUUUAGUGACUUUGGCCAUGACAAAUCUCUAGAAAUUCGGCCAUAUAAAGAACUUCCCGACGGCGAGCGUCCAGUCAUGUUCUAUUCUGGAGACGGGGUUUCAGAUCUCUCCGCAGCGAAAGAAACGGAUCUCCUUUUCGCCAAGAAGAACAUGGGUGGGUUUUCUUCUCCUCAUUGAAAAGCAGCAAAAUAUAUUGACAGAUGUCCAGACUUGGUCACAUACUGCGUUAAGCAAAAUGUCCCUUUCACCGAGUUCGAAGACUUUUUGACUAUUUUGAACACUGUCAAGAAAAUCGCAGAAGGAAAGACUGAUGUCAAAACCGUUGCUGCUGAAGGAUAUGAAGAUUACAAAAGAAGAAAUCCGAUUCUUGAGAUGGCAUAAGGAUAGAAAAGAAAGAAUGCUAGCAGAGUAGAUAUAGAUCGCUUACGAAUAGACCGUGUUUCGAUUGUGA